UGGGUUAGUGGUGCAAAUAUCAUCAUCAGAGGGAAGUAGGUCAUGUAUGCCGAUUGUCUACGGACGUUCCUAUCCUCAGUAUGCAUGUGCUGCCUUUUGACAAUCUGGGUCACUGCUGGAAAAAAACUGAAUGACAUGUUUUGAGGACAACCACACUUAUGAAUAUUUGUGAUGAUCUAAUGGCAGACCAAAGAAUGGAUAUUUCCUCCACAAUGAACGAGUUCAUGUCUCCGGGCUCCACUGAUCUGAUCAGCUCCAUUGGCACACCUGGCAUUGACUACACACGCAAGAGGAAAAGCAGCGCCACAGAUUACCAAAUUGAUGGAUUUUCUUUUGAAUCUGAGGCUUCAUGGAUGAAAUUCCUCAUCCCCAGCUCAGGUCAAUCAAAAUUUGUGCAUCAUGAUGAUCAGUACCCUGAGAGUGACCGGGAUAGCAUGGAUACGGACAAUGACAAACUUGGUGAUCAUCAUGGGCGCAUUAAAAAUGCCAGGGAGGCUCACAGUCAGAUUGAAAAGAGACGCAGGGACAAGAUGAACAGCUUCAUAGAUGAGCUGGCUGCACUAGUGCCUACAUGCAACGCUAUGUCCCGUAAACUAGACAAACUAACGGUCCUGCGCAUGGCUGUACAGCACAUGAAGACCUUAAGAGGCACCGCUAACCCCUACACUGAAGCAAACUACAAACCUACCUUCCUGUCAGACGAUGAGCUAAAGCACUUAAUACUGAGGGCAUCUGAUGGCUUUCUGUUUGUUGUUGGCUGUGAUCGAGGGAAGAUCCUAUUUGUUUCGGAGUCAGUCGACAAAAUCCUAAACUACAGUCAAAAUGAUCUGAUUGGCCAGAGUCUGUUUGACUACCUGCACCCUAAAGACAUUGCCAAAGUCAAAGAGCAGCUGUCCUCAUCGGACACGGCACCACGGGAGCGCCUCAUUGACGCGAAAACUGGCCUCCCUGUGAAAACGGACAUCACCCCCGGCCCAUCCAGACUCUGCUCUGGAGCUAGGCGAUCCUUCUUCUGCAGGAUGAAAUGCAACCGGCCCCUUGUCAAAAUGGAGGACAAGGACUUUUCUUCCACCUGUUCCAAGAAGAAAGCUGACCGUAAGAGCUUCUGCACCAUCCACAGUACAGGCUACUUGAAGAGCUGGCCGCCAACCAAGAUUGGUCUUGAUGAUGACAAUGAACCAGACAACGAGGGCUGCAACCUUAGUUGCCUUGUGGCAAUUGGACGUCUGUCUCCCCACAUUGUCACUCAGCCAAUGAACAAUGAUAUCUGUGUCAAGCCUACCGAAUACGUCUCACGCCACGCCAUCGACGGGAAGUUUGUUUUUGUCGAUCAAAGGGCCACUGCCAUUUUGGCUUAUCUACCCCAAGAGUUACUGGGUACUUCGUUUUAUGAGUACUUCCAUCAGGAUGACAUUGGGCAUCUUGCAGAAUGCCAUCGACAAGUGCUCCAGAUGAGGGAGAAGAUCAAUACAAACUGCUACAAGUUCAAAAUAAAAGAUGGCUCUUUUAUCACGCUGAGAAGUCGCUGGUUCAGUUUUAUGAACCCGUGGACCAAAGAUGUGGAGUACAUUGUCUCAACCAACACUGUCGUCUGCAGCAGCGUGCCUGAAGGUGCUGAUGGCAGCUAUCCUCAGCUUGCCGCCUCCCCUCAGAGCAUGGAUAGUGUACUCACAGACGGAACCGAGAAGCGCAACUUUCAGACGGUGCCUGGCAUCCCCGGUGGCACACGGGCAGGGGCGGGCAAGAUUGGCCGUAUGAUUGCAGAGGAGGUGAUGGAGAUCCAGAGGAUUAGAGGCUCCUCGCCCUCCAGCUGUGGCUCCAGCCCUCACAAUUUCACCAGCACUCCACCCCCAGACAUCUCGUCCCCUGGGGGAAAAAAGAUACAGAAUGGUGGAACUCCUGACCAUCCUUCAGCAGGAUUGAUACCGGGGCCAGACUCUGUUGGCUAUCCAUACUCCAACAACUCCAUUCUCAGCGAUAACUCACACAUUGGCAUUGACAUCAUGGAUGAGCCCGGCUCCAGCAGCCCGAGUAAUGACGAGGCAGCCAUGGCUGUGAUCAUGAGCCUCCUGGAGGCAGAUGCAGGGCUAGGAGGCCCAGUGGACUUUAGUGACCUGCCUUGGCCGCUGUAAGGACUGUCAGGCUCAGGAAAGCCCUCCCAAGUGGACUGAACAUGGGAGGAGUGACUGUUACAGUAUUCACAGUGUGUCAGUCGGUGAGCAGUACCAGAGCCAUAUCAACAGGGCUAAUGCUGCUGUAGCCACACAGUCAGGUGGCAUGCAGGCUGGCCCUGGAAAGGAAGAGAUGCUGGGCCUGGGAUCGGGAAGGGUGUACAGUCUGUCAGUGCAGUGUUUGGGAAAGUAAAACUGCCUCACUAGUCCUAAAGUAUAAUUGUACCAGUUAUCCUGGUUUUUCUAUGUCCAUUCAGCCUCAGACAUUGAACACAGCUCUUUUAUAAUAGAAUUGUUUGGUCUAUUUACACUACAGAAAAAUGUGUUAAUAUUUCUAAAGAAAAUUGUAUCACAUGUUUAUACUACCAUAAAAAUACUUUUCUCUAUACAGUAUAUAUGUAAAAGUGUAUUGUUUCAUCUGUGAAGUAUUUUUCAAAUAAAACCUGUCAAUAUAAA